AUGUCUGGAAACCAGAUAUUUUACAUUACUCCAUCCAUAAGCUUCUUCUUCACUGUUUCAGGUAUUCUUUGUCUCUUGGUCAUCAUCACCAAUGGACUUAUUGUUGGUGUGAAUCUUGCUGAUUGGAUGAAAGGCAGAAGUCUGAUGCCAAGUGGUAAAAUCCUGGUCAGUCUGGGGCUGUCCAAUCUUUGCUUCUCCACUGCAAUCACUCUGGAUUAUUUCAUCUCACACAUCUGGAAGCAGGUCUACAGAACUUUUUACAUGGUGCAAAAAAUCACGUUAACCCUUGAUAUUGCCAUGAGCUUUUGGUUCACCGCCUGGCUCAGUGUUUUCUACUGCAUGAAGAUUGUCAACUUUAAGCAAUCAUUUUUGUUGAAGGUGAAACUAAAAUUUUCUAGCCUUGUGCAUUGGUUCCUCCUUGGUUCUGUGCUGGCUUCUUUUGGAGCAACGAUCCUUGUCCUCUGGGCAUUUACAAAAAUAACACAAGGAAAUCCAACCAAAUACCUGAACAAUCAAACGAUUGUCCCUCCCUCUGACUUUAACCUUACAAACAACUACAAAAAACAAAAAAUACUGGUCCAUAUGACCCUGUAUUACAGACUCCUCAUCAUUAUCCUGGGUUGCUCUGUUCCUCUGGUGGUGGUGAUUGUCUCUUCUGUUUCAGUUCUCAAUUUUCUUUUCAGGCAUGCCCAAAAUCUGGAACAAAAUGCAUCCAUUUUCCACAAUCCUUGCCUGGAGGUUCACCUAAAUGCAGCCAAGUCAGUGCUGUCUCUUGUUCUAAGUUACAUUUCCUUGUUUGUGUGUGAGAUACUAAUGAGAACUGAAAUCUUUCCCAACUGGACUUAUCAGUAUUUUCUGUGUCUGACAUUUCAACUUUCUACCUUGGUGGCACAAGGUUUCAUCCUGAUCACAAGUAAUCCAAAACUGAAACAAUCAGCUGUACAAAUUCUUCCCUGUGUGCAAUGGUAA